AUGGACACCAGCAAGCUCAAGCCAAACGACCCCCGGGUCAAGUACGAAACCAAGCAGAUCCGCGGCAAGACAUACUCGUACAUCCUCGGCGAGCCGCAAGGCCCCAAGCUCGAGACGGUCGUCCUGGUCCACGGCUGGCCCGACAUGGCCUUUGGCUGGCGCCACCAGAUCCCCUACCUCAUGUCGCUGGGCUUCCAGGUCGUGGCCCCCAACAUGCUGGGCUACGCGGGCACCGACGCGCCGCGCGACCUCUCGCAGUUCACGCUCAAGAGCGUCUCCGCCGACAUCGCCGAGCUGGCGCGCUCCUUUGUCGGCCAGGAUGGCCAGAUCGUGCUCGGCGGCCACGACUGGGGCGGCGCCGUCGUCUGGCGCACGGCCUACUACCACCCGGAGCUCGUCAAGGCCGUCUUCUCCGUGUGCACGCCCCUGCACCCGCUGAGCGCCGAGUACAAGCCGCUCGAGGACAUUGUCGCCGCCGGCCACAUGCUCAACUUCAAGUACCAGCUGCAGCUCAAGGGCCCGGACGUCGAGGCCCGGAUCCAGGGCAAGGACAUGCUGCGGCGCUUCUUCCGGGCCAUGUUUGGCGGGAGGGGCCCCAACGGCGAGGCGGGCUUCAGCACGAGCGACGGCGUUCACUUUGAUGUCCUUGACAAGAUUGGCGCGCCGCCGCUGCUGGACGAGCAAGAGCUGGAGUACUAUGUCGAGCAGUAUGCGCUGCAGGAGGCGCCUGAGCUGCGUGGCCCGCUCAACUGGUAUCGCACGAGGGAGCUCAAUGCAAAGGACGAGAUGGACCGCGCCAAGAACGGGCCGCCGCUGAGGUUUGAGAUGCCGGCGCUGUUUGUUGCGGCGAGCAAGGACAAUGCUUUGCCGCCGGCCAUGUCCAAGGGCAUGGACGCUUUCUACAAGGACCUUACCAGGGCCGAGGUGGAUGCUACGCAUUGGGCUUUGACGCAGGCUGGGGAUGAGGUCAAUCGGGUGAUUGGAGAGUGGUUGAACAAGGCGCUCAAUGGUGCGACCAAGGCUGCGUUGUAG